AUGCAGUCACAAAACGUAGACUUGGACAAAGAUCUUGGAGGGGAGGUUACUGCACAAGAGGUGUCAGGAGAGUCUGUGAAUGACACCAGUAGCAAAGUUACACCAACAGAAAAUGAAGCCAAUUCUGGCAACACAGUGUAUGGACUACAGGUGCAACUAAAAGGUGCAAAACAAGUAUCUGAAAAUAAGAGUAUUGAAAAUGCAACUAAUCAAAGGCAGUCGAAAGACAGCUUGAAUGAGUAUAGCACUGGAGACGCCUCCCAAAGAGUGCAAAAGGAUGUUAAAACUGAAGAGAACGCCAUCAGCUGUAUGUCCAGAGCAGAUCAGCAGAAUGAACAGAAAUCGGUAACCAGCUCACUCAAUCCAAGGACAGAAGAAAAGAGGGGCUGUGUAAGAAUGACAAAAAAGAUUCUGCAAGACAUCUGUAAACAGCAGAAAUUAUACAUGACCCCAUACUUAAAUGAUACGCUUUACUUGCAUUAUAAAGGAUUUGACCGCCUGGAGAAUCUUGAAGAGUAUACUGGAUUGAAGUGUUUAUGGCUGGAAUGCAAUGGCUUAACAAAAAUAGAGAAUUUGGAGGCUCUGACAGAGUUGCGUUGCCUUUACUUGCAACUCAAUUUAAUUAACAAGAUUGAAAACCUUGAACCCUUACAAAAGCUGGAUUCCCUCAAUAUCAGUAACAACUACGUUAAGACCAUCGAGAAUCUCUCUUGUCUCAAAGUCCUGCAGACACUGCAGAUUGCUCACAAUAAGUUACAAACAGUUGAAGACAUACAGCACUUGCAAGAAUGUCCAAGUAUUUCUGUUCUCGAUCUUUCCCACAACAAUCUAAGUGAUCCAAAUAUCAUAGCUGUUCUGGAGACCAUGCCUCAUUUGCAUGUGCUGAAUUUGAUGGGAAACCAAGUGAUAAGGAAAAUUGCUAAUUAUAGAAAAACACUGAUUGUUCGACUAAAACAACUAACAUAUCUGGAUGACAGACCAGUUUUCCCAAAGGAUAGAGCCUGUGCAGAAGCCUGGGCUGUUGGAGGGCGUGAAGCUGAGAAAGCAGAAAGGGAAAAAUGGGAAACCAGAGAGAGAAAAAAAGUCCAAGAUAGCAUCGAUGCUUUAGCAGCAAUCAGGCAAAAAGCAGAUGAAAAGAAAACUCAAAAGUAUAUGGAAGAAAGAGGUGGAAGUGGAAGUGCAACAGACAUCCUAGAAGGAGCACUUGCAAAUUCAGAUGUCAGUGGUGGGAAUUCUAAUACAUCAGAGGCUUCAAAUAUAUCAGAACAGGAAGAAACUCAAGAGAAGACUGAGAAAUUUCAAAAUAAAAGUUUUGAUGCUCGUGAUGAAGUGAUGACACUUCUACCAAAUAGGGGAAAUAACACAGAUUUCACAUCUGGAAAUAUUCCUGCUAGAAUUCAAGAGGAUGCACAAGAAUCAAACUCUUACAAAUGCUCGAACUUCAACACGGAGACAAACGGUCUACCAGGGGAGAAGGCAGCUCCCGAAAAAGCCAUGCUUCCUGAACUGGAUGAAUAUGCUGAAAUUGAACAGGGCAAACUGGAGACACCAGAGAAACUUUAUCUUGAUGAGCUGCCUGAUUUAGAAGAUAUAGAUGUAAAUGAAUUUCCCCCAGAAGAGGAGAUCUUUGCUCAAAAGGAGUAUCACCCAAAGAUUGAAAUAAUUUCUGAAAUGACAAAUGACAGCGAUUCUGCAUUAGAGGAAACCAAUAAAAGCAUGUUUGGGAAUUCAGUAGGAGAUGUACCAAUGGCAAUUUUUUCAAAUGUGUGUAAGAUACAUAAAGAGGAUGAAAAGGAGCGCCUUGUUGAAAGCUUGUUUACAGAGCCUGCUUAUUCUGAGAGAUACCUGGAGACUAAAGAUAAACAAGCAAGCCCCUCGAAACCCUUGAUACAAGAGGUUAUCACUGAACCCAGUGAUAAUCUACUGUUGUCACCAGUCUGCAGUCGAGCAGAUGGCCCAAGCCCAUGGGAAGGGGACAGUAAGACGACAGUUACUUUCCCUGGGAGGGGCAGCGAUGGAGAGGUACAGUGCCUGGCUGAGGGUGAAGGAUGUCCUCACCAACCACAAGAUGACAAGGACAGCGAGAGUGGAUGA